UUUACGGAGAACCUCCUAGAGACGUGAGUCACGUGAGUAUUGUUUGGUCACCGCUGAUCGAAAUCGCGCGGGCUCUGGCACGUUCGGAACCCGGAAAUUCAUCGUCGUCCCCAGGAACGUCCCUGGGUCCUUGGGGACGAGGUUGCGCUGAAAUGCUCACAACAGAGAUACGCCUGCCCUCCGAUUAUUGUGUGUUUUGAGGUUUAGACCCUGAAAGAAAAGGAACAAAUCAACGAUGGAGGUUGGUUUGCGAGUAGUUCGUGGCCCUGAUUGGAUAUGGGGCGAUCAAGAUGGAGGUGAAGGAGGUGUAGGAACAGUCGUCGAUAUUGACCUAGAUGAUGAUACAGUUGUGGUUUAUUGGGAUACUGGAAAGUUGGAGGAGUAUCGGGCGGGAUGUAAUGGAAAAUAUGAUCUUCUUGUCUUCGACAGUGCUCCAACAGGUGUUAUGCACAGCACUGUCACUUGUGAUGGCUGCCUGGAAAAUCCACUUACUGGAACACGUUGGAAAUGUGGCGUUUGUCCCAAUUUUGAUUUGUGUUCAAAUUGUUUCAUGAGGCGCAUUCAUGAUGAUACGCAUGUAUUUAUACAUAUCGGCAAACCGGACGGUAAUUGGAGUUAUCCUUGUAAUCGAUUCAACUCCGUUAAGCUGAAAUCCAGAGGAUUUUUUCCUGGAGCCAAAGUGUCUCGAGGUAAAGACUGGAAAUGGAGGAACCAAGACGGCGGCAGUGGGCAUGUUGGUAGACUGUCUGAGAUCACUUCUUGGGAGCACUUGACGAGGGCUGGGGCCAGAGUAGUCUGGGACAAUCUCAAAAGUAACGUUUAUAGAACUGGAUACCGUGGGUUGGCAGGCACUCGUAAAUCGUAUUUACAAAAGUUAACCCAGUGGGGAGAGACGGUACAGGUAGAUGGUGGUGCUUCAGCUGCAGUGGGCAAAGAGUCUCCAGUUGGCGGGGAGGCCACCUCGCGAGAGUUACGAGCUCCCCUAGAGAUUAUUGCUCGGGGUCCUCUGACUAUCCAGGCUUAUCAGAGAGCCCUUACAGAGGGAAAUACCAGUGUAAAGAGACUGCCAAUCAUGUUGAUUGGACAAAGUCAGUCAGGAAAAACCAGCUUAAAGAGGUCAUUGAAAGGAGAACGGUUUAAUCCAGAGGAAACCAGCACUACCGGGAUUGAGAUGGAUCCUUCCUACUGUAAAGUGUCGGCAGAAGUUUGGAAAGUAGGGGAGAAAACCCAAGCAACGGAUUCAGACCUAGGGCCAAUUUCAUAUGAACAUAGAACAGCUCAAUAUAUCUUGAGAAACCUCAAGGUAGAACCAAAAGAAUCGGAAUCAAGUCAGUUGACCAAUGACGGUGUAACCUUGGAUAAUACAGAGUCAUUGGUAGCAUCUGAAGAUUACGUAAUAAAUUCCUUUGAUAUUUCUGACGCAUUACUUCCGAAGAAUCACAAAGUCUCAGCUGAUGCUCUUGUGAAUGUGCCAGAUGUGUCAGACGUAUUACAGGCACCUGAAGUGCCACAAGAAAUAGCAGCGUUGAUUCACAAGUUGCUUCAAGUUGUUGAGAAUGGCGAAGUUGAAGAAGAAGUAUAUUCCGUUUUGUGGGAUUUUGGUGGACAAUUAGUGUAUUACGCCACCCAUCCGCUUUUCCUUACAAGACGGGCAAUUUACUGUCUGGUUUAUAACCUAAGUCGGGAUCCAGCUAAAACCGUCGGUCCGCAAGUGAAGCAGGGCUUCUACAAGAAUAUUGAAGAUGUUUUCUGUGAAAGGAGCAACAGGGAUUAUCUGGACGUAUGGAUGUCCUCAAUUUCUAGUCUGGUUUCACAAGAUGAAGACCCCGAGGAGACACCCGCAUCUGAGAUACUACCAGAGAGGUUGCCUCCGGUGUUCCUUGUUUGCACUCACGCUGACAAGCCUUAUAACAGCGCACAACCUGAAGAGCUUGCUCGCGAGAUCUUUGGGUCAUUACAGACAAAAUCCUUCGGAAAACAUUUAUUUGAUGUGUUUGUUGUUGACAACACGAAAUCAGGAAGUGAACAAGAAUGUCCAGAAGUCACCCGCCUGAAAAGCGAAAUACUUAAUGUUGCUAGGGAACUGCCGCAAAUGAAAGAAGUGAUUCCAAUCAAGUGGUUGAAGUAUGAAAAGGCUGUUCGAACGAUGCUUGAAGAUGGCUACAAGUGGAUUUCCUUUGACGAUGCCAGAAAGAUUGCACUUGACGUAUGCGAAAUUUACAGUGACGAACAGUUUGAAGCAUUACUGAACUUUUUACAUGACCAGAGAAUCUUGAUUCACUUUGGUGACACCCCAGAGCUAAACAAAAUGGUGAUCUUGGAUCUACAGUGGUUGAUAGAUGUUUUUAAGAAGAUCAUUACCGUCACGCCAUAUAGAAGUAACGAGAAGAAAUUCACCAAAUUUUGGCUAAAGCUUGAGACAACGGGAAUCUUGGACGAAAAACUCUUAGAACACGUGUGGGGUCCUUUGUUCGAUAAUCGAGAAACCUGUGACAGCCUCAUCGCCAUGAUGGAGAAGUUCUGCUUAUUGUGUCCCUGGUCGUCAUCAGCGGAGGGCGAGUCACCCAGAGAGUAUCUUGUACCUUCCAUGCUUAUGUUCCCACCAAAGGAAGACGUCGCUCAGCUGAUUGCAUCUGCAGGGAUUCCAUCGCUUUUUGUGAGGUUUAAAUCUGGACAAGUGCCUUCUGGCUUAUUUCCUCGUCUGGUGCUAAUGAUCUUUCAGUGGUGCAACAAGGAAUGGCUUUGCCAAUCAGAACCUCAGUUACAUCACAAUUUUGCAAGGUUCUACAGCCACCCAGCUGAAGGCUGUUCUGUUAUCCUCCUUUGCCAUUCCUCCUUCAUUGAGGUUGUUGUCCACAAAGAAGAUAGUACUUCUCAGGUAUCCACAAUUGUAUCACCAGAGAUGCAUCUAUCUCCAGAAUCAAGCCUCGAUACCUUUCAGGUAAAUGUGGCUCGUAUCGUGUGCCGACAACUAGGAUUAAUGCUUGAAUGCAUGCGCAAAGAGUUUCAUUGGUUGAAGAACAUGGCUUAUGAGAUGUCAGUCUGCUGUCCCGUUUGUUGUAAGCAAGGGUCCGUUAACCAUUGCCGCAGUCACAAGAUACCAGGUUGUAAGCAAGAGGAGUGCUUGCAUUUUUGGUCAGAGUCUGAGCUGCGACAAUGCAAAGGUCCCAUCGCGUGUACCAAGUCUGCUGUUGCUGGAGAUUACAGGGUUCCGCUCAAGCUCUUUGAGCCUUGGUUCAAAUUUGCAGAUGAACAGCAGAGAGUUGUUGAUGGACAUAAUGGGAAAGCUCUGUCUCGGAAGACAGACGACAGUGAACUAGCCCUUGCCCUUCCUAGUGGGGUAGUCGAGGCCCUUCAAUUGCAGACUUGCGAUGCAAAUGAUGUCGUUGCUCGACUACAAGAAGGUCUUUCCCCGGAGCAAGCAUCCCUGGAACAGCCAGAUCCAGAGACCAAGCGUCAGAUUCGCUGCCUUUGCAUGAAAGCUAAACAUGCAAAUAGGCUUGAUGUUGUGAAAAACCUAAGAGAAAUUUGCCCCGCUGGUACAACAGGACCUCUGUUGCCUGAAGCUCUUGAUGUAGUUACUAUUCCUUUUCGCCAGAGGCAAGAGCUCACAAUGAACUUGUGUGGUCGAGAUGAAUGGAAACUCUUUGCAGAGAGACUGGGCUUAAAUCCGGCAGAAAUCCUCUAUCUUGACAAGCGAGUCUUGAACCCAUGUGACGCCGCUCUGGCUCAUAGUCGAAACCAAGGUUACAUAAGAUGUGUCGGAGAUGUCUACGAUGCAUUGGUAGAAUGCGAUCUCCCUGUAAUGGCUGAUUUGCUGUAAAAACAACACGAUCAAGAAAUUAUAGCCUCAAAUAGAUGAAGUUGUUUUCUUCAGGAACUGCUAUCCAUUUUUUUUUUUGUCGGUCGAUUAAGACAAAAAACGUGUAUCAAUGACAUAUUUUGUAUUGUAAAGUAACGGUGUUUUUAGGGCUUUGCAAUUUGUCACCAGUCAAGGUAGAUAGUUUAUUAGUAAAUCGCGGCUUGUUUAGAAUUAUGAAAUACAGUUUUAUGAAACACCUAUUUUUCUCAUGUUUACCUAAAAUAACCCGCUUGCAAUGGCCUCUAAUUGGCCUUAUGUCUGUGGUAACAAGACAUAAAGAUAUAACCUAUUUUACGAUUAAUUUUAUGCGGAGGAACUAUUAGUAUAACCGUUUGCUUCUGUUGUUGACAUGUAGAAGGUGUAUCAAUCAAAUAUUUUUAUAGUAUAGUUGUUUAUAAGUUUUUAUAGCUUAAUACCAUUUAAUUGGAUAUUUUUGUGUUUUGAAACUUGACAGUCCACUUUAGCGUAGAAUUGCGCAAUGUAAAUUUUGUGUUUGAGAUAACUGAACCCUCUCUGGCUAGUGUUCCAGAGUGCUCGUAAAAUGCCAGUAAGCGAUUUGCAAGGAACACUUCUUGGCCUUGCAACCGUGUAAACAAGAUAUUAGUUAUUUUACUACUAUCUAUAUGCAAAACAUUGUAGUAAUAACUUUUCGUUCUGCUGUUGAGGUAAAGAGCGUUUAUCUAUGAGAUGUGUUUCAUGGUGCUGUGUAUAGAACGCUAUAGUUUUACACCAUUUAUUUCAUGUAUUUUAUAUUUUCAAGCUUGUCAAUCUAUUUUAGUUUACAAUAAUGAAAUGCAAGUUGUGGUUUUGAUAUACAGUUAUUGAAUUACCAGGAACGGGCAAUAAUAUGCUCUAGGCAGUGGACAACCUUGUUUUACGUGGCGUACAAUGACUUGUUUUGCAAAUAUCGAAUGCGUUUGGAUACAAAGAUUUACUCCUAACGAUAGGCGACAUUUUAAGCUUCUGUAUGGCUGUUGAUCAUGAAAAGCCUGUAUCAAGUUUCAAUAAAGGUGGGCGAUUCAGAACCA